AUGUUCAGAAAUGGAGUCAUGAGAAACCCAGCUAUGUCUGGGUACAGCAAAUAUUCAAUGCGUUCAUUUUCGUCGAGUUUAAUCAACUUGGACAAAAUUAAAGUGAAAAAUCCGAUUGUCGAAUUAGAUGGUGAUGAAAUGACCAGAAUCAUCUGGCAAAGAAUCAAGGACAAAUUAAUUAACCCAUACUUGGAUGUUGAUUUGAAAUAUUACGAUUUAGGUAUUGAAAGUAGAGAUAAAACAGACGAUCAGAUCACCAUUGAUGCGGCCAACGCCAUUAAGGAAUACGGGGUUGGUGUCAAGUGUGCUACGAUCACACCUGAUGAAUCCAGAGUUGAAGAAUUUAACUUGAAGAAGAUGUGGUUGUCGCCAAAUGGUACCAUUAGAAAUAUUUUAGGAGGUACCGUUUUCAGGGAAGCCAUUAUUAUUCCUAGAAUUCCAAGAUUGGUACCAGGAUGGAAGGAACCUAUUGUCAUUGGUAGACAUGCACAUGGUGACCAAUAUAAGGCUACUGACUUGGUCAUUAACGAACCGGGUAAAUUGGAAAUGACUUUUACCCCAGAAAACGGUGGAGCUCCAGAAACUAGAACUGUGUACGAUUACAAGGGACCUGGUGUCGGUUUAGCUAUGUAUAAUACCGAUGAGUCCAUCAUUGGUUUUGCCCAUUCUUCCUUCAAGAUGGCAUUAACUAAGAAAUUACCAUUAUACUUGUCAACCAAAAACACUAUUUUGAAGAAAUACGAUGGAAGAUUCAAAGACAUUUUCCAUGAAAUUUAUGAAUCCACCUACAAAAAAGAAUUUGAAACCAAUAACAUCUGGUACGAACAUAGAUUAAUUGAUGAUAUGGUUGCACAAAUGAUUAAAUCUAAGGGUGGUUUUGUCAUGGCCUUGAAGAACUAUGAUGGUGAUGUGCAAUCUGAUAUUGUUGCCCAAGGAUUUGGUUCAUUGGGUUUAAUGACUUCUGUUUUGAUGACCCCAGAUGGUAAGACCUUCGAAAGUGAAGCUGCACACGGUACUGUCACAAGACAUUUCAGACAACAUCAACAAGGUAAGGAAACUUCAACCAACUCGAUUGCCUCCAUUUUUGCCUGGACUAGAGGUAUUGCUCAAAGAGGUAGAUUAGAUGACACCCCAGAUGUCGUAAAAUUCGCCGAAAUUGUGGAAAAGGCUACCUUUGAUACUGUUCAAGAAGAUGGUAUUAUGACUAAGGAUUUGGCUUUAGCUCUUGGCAGAACCGAUAGAGAAUCCUACGUAACCACAACUGAAUUUUUGGAUGCAGUUUCUGACAAGUUACAGAAACAAGUCCAAGUUUAG